AAAAAACAAUAAAAAUCUGGGAGGGUUCUUCUCUACCGGUUAGGGAAGAAGAAGGGUGACUCUCUCUGGUUGAAGCCGAUUUUCGUUUUCCGAAACCUGAAAAGCUUUCUCUCUCUCAUGGUGCUUCGUAGUUUCUCUCUCAUCCUUCUCUCCCUCACCUGAUAAAAGCCUCUGGCUCCCUCGCUUUUGUUUCCUUCCGGUGAUUUUCCAGAAUCAUGCCGACUUUCUCUGUCAUAGCUUUAGAUAGGUUAUUAGAACCUGGAGCUUCUUCCAAAUCUGCCGACAUGUCUGUUCCUAAUUCCAAGCCUGUUUCGCAUUCGAUGCCUGUUCCUGAGGGCCCCUCAAAGCUGGAGAGGAGGAAUAGUACCUCGGUUAUGGAGAGGAAGCCUCAUCGACCUCCAAUAAGGCCAGCGCUCUACGCCACUCCCGAGACAACUCCACUACCUGAUUCACCCACUUCUUUCCCUCCCUCACCUUACAUCGUCAACCACAAGCGCCGUGGCCCGCGCCUUCUCAAGAGUUACUCGGAGCAGGAUGUAUCCUUACACCAGAAAUCUGGAGAUGAAGAGAAACUGAAUGGUUCCUUACACCAGAAACCUGGAGAUGAAGAGAAACUGAAUGGCAUUGCCAACAAUGCAGAGGCCAAGGUGGAAACUUCUCCAGUGGAUGAUUCACUUACUUUCACUGUACCCAAGCCAAGUCAAGUACAACAUUCAAGUGGUAUCCAUCCUAGUGGUAGUAGCAAUGGCAACCUUGACACCAGUAAUGGGGUUCUUAGGAGCAGUAGUGUCGAACUGGGUGCUAGUAGUAUGACUAAUGGUUCAGCCAGGGAAGAUGAUUUGUUCCAGCAAGCUGCCAUGGCUUCCGAAAGAGAUAGUGAUCGUGAUGAUUUCUUUGAUCCAAGAGACAACAUGAGUGUCACAAGUAACACAGACGGAGAGGGAAAUGCUGGGACAGAGCGUUCUGCGUCUAUGAGUAUACCUGCUGGGGAGUUUUACGAUGCCUGGGAAGAACUUUCAUCUGAGGGUGGUCAUGGGAAACAGCUUUCUGCUUGUGAUCUUGAAACUGAGCUGCGUGAGAUGAGAUUGAGUCUUGUGAUGGAGAUAGAAAAGCGGAAGCAAGCUGAAGAAUCCUUGGAUAACUUGCGAAACCAGUGGCAGAGGAUUAGGCAACAGUUAUCUCUUGUAGGAUUGACUCUUCCUGCAGAUCCCACUGUUACAACAGAGCAUGAGCAGCUAGGUUCUGAUCCUGCAGAAGAGCUGGGGCAACAGCUUUAUCUUGCCAGGUUUGUAUCAAAUUCUAUUGGGAGGGCCAUAGCAAGGGCUGAGAUGGAGGCAGAGUUGGAAGAUCAGAUCGAGUCGAAGAACUUUGAGAUUGCUAGGUUGUGUGACAAGCUUCAUAAUUAUGAGGCUAUGAAUCAGGAAAUGGUUCAGAGGAACCAGGACGUCAUUGAGCUGGCACGGCGUGAGAGGGAGAAGAAGGCGAAACGACAAAGGUGGGUCUGGGGCUCAAUUGCUACUGCCCUCACACUUGGUACAGCAGCCUUGGCAUACUCUUAUUAUCCAUCUGGAAGAGGAUCUCCAACCUACCAUUCUGAGUCGUCCGAGAGUGAUAAUGCAGGCAAAUGAUAAUUGUUCUAUGCAGUAACCGCGAUCGUAUGCCAGAGAAUAAGAGGUCUUACAUGCUACACACCUUGUGGAUAGCAUUCUCUUGAUCUUUUAUCAGUUAGAUUUUCCCGUGAUCUGAGGAUGUACAGUUCUGAAAAAUAAUUCUAAGUUUUGCUCGAUACCGGCAUUUUGGAAAAGUUAUAGAUCACAAAUAGGAUCAGUCAUUGUUGUUUAAACCUUAUUGCAGCUCAAGUAUGUUUUGAAGUUUCCCCAUAUUACAUUCAGGUGAAGUAACCCUACCC